GAUGAAGUCCUGACUUGACUGACAAAUUCAACAAAACACUUGCUUUAUUUAUAUAAAAAUAGAUGAAGAUUCAGAAGACGAUUACGAAAACCACCCUCUGAUGGGUAUGGCUAGUCGACCGGGAUCGGCACUGAGCAUUCACAACAGCAUGGGAGGCAACGGCGAGACCUCGCUCACGCUCGAAUUCUCGGACAUGGCCUCCGUCUCCGGCCACGGCGCACACCAUCAUCACAGCCAUCACCACAACGACGCAGUCGCUGGUGCCGGACAGGCCAAUUCUUCUAAUGGGGUGGGUAAGACUCAUCGGUCGACAUCUUCGGCAUCGUCGCUCUCGGGUGUGACGGGCGGCAGUAACAGUGCCGCAGGAUCAGGAUCGGAUUAUAAACGGAAACGGAAGCGUCGAGAGAUGCAGCCCGUCAAUAAGAUCGUGGACUCGCCCGAACCCCAUGUGGAUCCGUAUCUGUGGAAGAAUAACGGAAAUACAACUCAGAAGAAAACUGGGUGCAAGAGUAUUUAUUAUAAAUGUUCGAAUAGCACCGCCGGAUGUACUGUGAACAAGACGGUGACGGAAAAGGAGGGCGGCGGGUUCGUGACCAAGUACCGUGGCGAGCAUCUUGAGGACUGUAUCCGGCUCAAAAAGGCCCAGCUGGCCGCCCAGGCCGCCCAGGCUGCCGCUAAUGGACACCACUCAAUACAUAAAGAGCAGUGAAUUCAUGAACCCCUGAACAAAUCCUCACACGACACAUUCAUACACACAUUCUUGUAACAUAAGCAACAUAACCUGACACCACCAACUCGAUCCACAUAGUAAAGCGCGCAUUGUCUCAA